ACAACAAUGGAAGUUCCCAAGGAUCAAAUCGCAACUCUUCUCGACCAUGGCCUCUACAACUCCGCUCAGAUGCUCGGUUGUUUUCUUGUUUCUUCACCUGCUGCAAAUGCUGAAUCCAACCCACACCUCAAAACUGAGAGCUUGGUGCUACUUGGUGAUUCGUUCUUCCGUGAAAGGGAGUGGCGUAGAGCCAUUCAUACCUACAAGCAAGCUUUGCAUUACUACAAGAUGAUUCCGAAACAGAACAUGGCUUCUUCUCGGAGUGCAUUGUCAUCAAACAGGUCUUCUUCUCCAAAUUCUUGCAAUGUAUCAGUAAUCAAUGAGAAUGAGGUGAAAUUCAAAAUUGCAUCAUGUCACUGUUUUCUGAAUGAGAACAAAGCAGCUCUACUUGAGAUGGAAGGAAUUCCAAGCAAAGCUAGAAAUCUACCGAUGAAUUUGUUAUUAGGGAAGCUAUAUCGAAUUUCUAGACAUAGCCGAGCUGCUGUUUCUAUUUACAAAGAAUGUCUAAGACAUUGUCCUUAUAUACUUGAGGCUAUCGCAGCUUUAUCAGAACUGGGAUCUACUGCAAAGGACAUCAUUUCAUUGUUUCCUCAGACUCAGAGUAGAAGUGGGAGGGCUCCAUUUGAUCAUACAGACUCAAGUCGUUGGCUUCAACGCUAUGUUGAAGCUCAGUGUUGCAUGGCUUCAAAUGAUUACAAAGGUGGCUUGGAACUCUUUGCAGAUCUUUUACAGCGUUUCCCUAAUAAUAUACACUUACUACUUGAGAUUGCAAAGGUUGAAGCUAUUAUUGGAAAGAAUGAAGAGGCCAUUAUGAAUUUUGAGAAGGCCCGAUCAAUUGAUCCAUUCAUCAUAACGUAUAUGGAUGAGUAUGCAAUGCUUCUAAAGCUAAAGUCUGAUUAUUCAAAGCUCAACAAGUUAGUGCAUGAUUUAUUGAAUAUUGAUCCUACAAGACCAGAGGUUUUUGUAGCUUUAUCUGUUUUAUGGGAAAGGAAAGAUGAGAAAAGAGCAUUAUCAUAUGCUGAGCAGAGCAUUCGGAUCGAUGAGAGGCACAUACCAGGGUAUAUAAUGAAGGGAAAUCUAUUAUUGACAAUGAAACAAGCAGAAGCAGCUGUGUCUGCCUUCAGAGGAGCUCAAGAAUUGAGACCUGAUAUUCGCUCAUAUCAAGGUUUGGUUCAUACAUAUUUGGCUCUCUCUAAAAUCAAAGAGGCUUUAUAUGCUUCCAGAGAGGCAAUGAAAGCAAUGCCUCAAUCGGCAAAGGCUUUAAAAUUAGUAGGUGAUGUGCAUGCCAGUAAUUCUAGUGGCAGAGAAAAGGCAAAAAAAUUCUACGAGUCUGCAUUAAGGCUGGAACCUGGUUACCUUGGAGCUGCGCUAGCUUUGGCUGAGCUUCAUGUUAUCGAGGGCCGAAAUGGGGAUGCUGUGUCUCUGCUUGAGCGAUAUCUUAAAGACUGGGCUGAUGACUCUCUUCAUGUGAAACUUGCUCAAGUUUUUGCUGCCACUAAUAUGCUGCAGGAGGCUUUGUCACAUUAUCAGGCUGCGUUAAGGUUAAACCCCCAGAAUGAAGCAGCAAAACGGGGUUUAGAGCGUUUAGAGAAGCAGAUGAAGGGAGUGGAUCCUGAUGCACCUGAAGAAGAUGAAGACAAUGAUGUUGAAGAUGCUGAUGGAGAUCAAGACGAGACUGAACUUUUGUGAGUAUGAGUGUCCAAAGGAAGUCUGUUAUGAUGAGAAAAGUACCCCCGGAAAUGGUUUAAUGUUGAGAUGGCAUUAGCAGUAGGGUGAGAAUUACAUUGGUGGACUCCAAGCUGGGCUUCAGUCUGUCGUACAACAGCAAGAGUUCACAUCAGAAAACUAAGAAUUUGAUUGUUGCCAAAUGGUGCAUCUGGCGGUCAUACCCUCUGGCUGCAUAAAUAUGAAUGUAUGGAUUAGAUGGUGAAGUUCCAUGUCAAGAAUGAGUGGUGGGGGUUGGACUUUGGCCACAAGGUUGAGUUCCAGUUGUUAAGGCCAAAGAUGUCUUAGCUGGAAGCAUGUGUUAUCUUCAUUGUAAAAUUAUUUCUGUUCUCCCUUGUUUUCUGUUUGUAAAAGCUACGUUAUGUUUUGGUCACAAAUUUAGUGAAAAUCAUAGA